UUUCCUUGGCAGAAAGUAUAGUGGGAAAAUAAUGGAACGUAUAAAGGCUUCCCCCAAUCGUACGGAAUUAUGAGUCACCCUCUUGUGUUGUAGUAAAGUUUGUUGUGUGUAUAACAAACCUAGUGUUCUACAGCCUUUUAUACUAGUUUUACGUUCAGGGAUUUCAUCUACUAGGCCGAAUAAAAAGCCAUGUAUUCUGCACCUCACGAAAACCAUGAUGCCACUCGUCUGAGUGUGGCUGACAUCCUCUCUACCAUGGCUAAUUCAGUUGACGCCAUGACUCCCACAACUCUAUCCUUAUUAGAUGGACUUACUGGUGUGCCCACUAGAACAACACCCACAUUAACCCCUACAACACUUAGAAAUAUUGAACAAACCUUUUUGGAUUUGGCGGCCAACCAGAUGUCUCAUGAUAGAGAAGCUGGUUUUGUACCACCAAUGGUACCUUCAAAUUCAUUUACUACGUCAGUUCCAAAUUAUACUGUAACUGUUACAACAUCGACAGAGCAAGAUGUGAAACCUCAGUGGCUAGGUGCCUCUGUUUCACAGCAAAGUAAUAGUGAUUCACCUCCUCCACCGAGAAAUACAGCGAGAAGGAUGAGUGUAGGCAGUAACAGCAGUAGUAGCAACAGUGGCUAUAGCAGUACCACGAUGAGUCUCACUUCCGGUACCGCACGUCGUGGUGGUGGCCGGCGUAAAGAGGAUCGUGAUAGAGAAGAGCCUGGUGAGGACUCUGGCAAGAGGUUAAUGCGUCGCGAGCGAAACAAACAAGCCGCUGCCCGUUGUCGCAAGAGACGUCUUGAUCAUACGAUGGCUCUCCAACAAGAAACUGAGUUGUGGGAAGAUAAGAAGCAAGCUUUGCAGAAUGAAAUUCGUCAGUUACAAAAACACAAAGAAGAGCUGGAACAGUUGUUGGAUUCUCACCGACCUCAGUGCAAGAUGAUGCGGAAGACGGCCCAUUACGUCCCAAACAACAAGGCACCUGUUCUUCCCGCCAUGCCUAAUUUGAUGCCGAUACCAAAUGGCCAACUACAACAGCAGCAGCAACAUCUGCAUACACAACAACAGCCCAUUAAAAAAGAAAGGCACGAAAGCGACGAAUCCUCAUCAGACGGUUUGGUCGAAUUCACGAGACCGACAACUGCUCCACGCCCUCGUCCUACAUCGCUACCAGUUGCUUCCCCCUUCACAAAUGCUCCGCCACGGUCUUCAAAUAAUUGGCAUGAAAUAGCCGGGAUUGCUAUAACAACGCCUUCAUCAGGUAUACCGGGAUUCAACUUCGAUUCUCUUAUGGAAGGUGGAACAGGGCUCACUCCGGUAGUACCUAGCCCAUCGUGUAGCACACAGCAACAGCGCAGUAAUACAGGAGGCAAUUCAUCAACCAUGCCUGUCGAUUUGUCUAGCCCUGAAGCUGUGAACCGUAAACUAGUUUCGCUUUGAUAUUUUCCUCAUAGGUAAAAAUAACCUGAAGUUACUUUAUUAGGGGAUAAAACUGGGUAUCAUCUUAAAAUGAUGUGAAAUUUAGAUUUGUACCCUUUGCCCCCUAUAUUUAUUUUUAACAACCGAAAAAUAAUUGUAGUAUGUCAUAAACUAAAAAUUCUUCAAGCUCAUUCAAUCGCUAUUGAUUGACCUAUGCAAAAACGAUUGUCUUAAAAGCCUUAACAAUUGCGGGAACCGCUUUUUAAAAUUCUUCCUACUACUCGUAAGUUUAGUUUUGUAAACUAAUUGGGUUGUUUGAUUUACGCGUGGUAUCUUCUUUCCCUCCCACAUGGACCCUCUGCAUUCCCGUUCCCGUUGCUCCACUAGUCUCGAAUGUCUCUAUGAUGAGCAUCAUUUCUCCUCUUUUUUCUUUUAGCUCCCCUCAUUUGUUUUUUCUCCCUAUGCAGAAUUUAUUACGAUUGGCUGCAACGAAAUUUAUUGCCGAUCCAUGCCUUUAUUUGUUGAAAAAACUGUAUUUUGUCAUACAUUGAUAGUUGAUACUACUCUUGUAUAAUCCGCUUAAAUUGACUGCAAUAAACAACAUUUGAUAGCUUGA